AUGUCUGGGGAUGCCGCCCAAGACGUGACUGACGUCAAGGCCGAAGACGAAAAUGACACCAACCCUACCAUCGUUCCCCGAGAUGCCGACGACGACAUCAACAAAAAAAAUGCUCUCGCGACCGCUGGAACCAGGAACCAAGGCUGCUCGAUACACCGGCCCGCCCUGAGGUGGCAAGAUGCUAUCAUUCCAGAGCUCAAGAAGCAAGAGGAAGCCGAACGGGGGCAUUUCACCAGGUGGCGCACCAACCCUGAUGAUAUCGAUGACUUGACCAUUCCCGCCUUCCAACUGACCGAAGCGUCGGACUCUGCGCAGUCAUUCGAUACCAUCCACGCAACUGUCAUCGAACCAAACAAGGAGGCCAUCGAUCGUUUACUUGUGGAGUAUAACAAGAGCGUUCACAUUCUCGACCAGCGUAAUGAUGUUCAGUUCUUUGAAAAGUACCAUAAACAGUACACCAGCGGAUAUCUUGACGAAUUUGGACGACCUCGCACCAAAUUCAACCUUCGACCUGAUAAAAGCGUUAGACAUGCAUAUCGGCUUCCUUUGCAAUCCCCAGCUUCAAAGGAAGCGACCCACGACUGCGAAGCGCAGAAUUGCCCGCGCCUUUACGCCGCCUGCUUCAUCGCGUGGCACGGCCCAUCCUUCCGAUACUUCUUCUCCAAAGCCGCAGAGGCAGAUGAGAACCCCAGCGGAGUCUUCUUCUCGAUGCCUCGCAACGCUCGCAUCAGCGUCAAGUCUUGGGAGGACCGGGUCCAAGACGUAGCGAGGGACACGAUGCGCGAGACGGUACGAGAGAAUAACUGGAACUGGGCGGCGGUGCUGGCUUCAGCUGUUCUGAAGAGAGGAUUCACGCCUUCGGAAUAUGAUUUGGGAGGUUUUGUGAACUGA